AUGGAGGUGGUGAUGGUGGUGGAGGUGGUAAUGGUGGUGGUGAUGUUGAUGGCCGUGGAGGUGGUGAUGGCAAUGGAGAUGCUGAUGGCCGUGGAGGUGGUGAUGGAGGUGGUGGGGGUGAUGGCCAUGGUGGCCGUGAUGACCAUGGAGGUGGUGCGGGUGAUGGCCAUGGUGGCCGUGAUGGCCAUGGAGGUGGUGGGGAUGAUGGCCAUGAUGGCCGUGGUGAUGGCGGUGACAGCAGUGGCAGAGGGACUGCAGACACCGAUGGUGAUGGCACCAGGGGUGCCAACAGCGCCGGUGGCCCCGGGCGUGGGGGCGGCCCUGCGGGUGGUGCUGCUGGACUUCGCCAAGGCGCAGGGCGAGCUGGGCUGGCUCACCCAGCCCUACGGCAAAGGGUGGGACCUGCUGCAGAACGUGCUGAACGACUCCUUGAUCUACAUGUACUUGGUGUGCAACGUGCUGGAGGGCGAGCAGGAGAAUUGGCUCCGCACCAACUGGAUCUACCGCGGGGUGGCCGAACGCAUCUUCAUCGAACUCCAGUUCACCGUCCGCGACUGCAACAGCUUCCCCAGCGCCGGCGGCGGCUCCUGCAAGGAGACCUUCAACCUCUACUACGCCGAAUCCGACGUGGAUUACGGCACCAACUUCCAGAAGAGACAAUUCAAGAAGAUCGACACCAUCGCCCCGGAUGAAAUCACCGUCCAGGAGGAUUUCGUCGCCCGCAACGUGAAACUCAACGUCGAGGUGCGAUCGGUGGGACCUCUCCGUCGCAAAGGUUUCUACUUGGCUUUCCAGGAUCUGGGAGCUUGCGUGGCUUUGCUUUCUGUGCGGAUUUAUUACAAGAGGUGCCCGGCCGUUUUACGGGGGAUGGCUCGCUUCCCCGAAACGGUGGCCGGCGCCGACUCGCAGACCUUGGCCGAGGUGCGGGGCACCUGCGUGGAGGAGGCGGUGGCCGACCAAGCUCCGGCGCUGCACUGCAACGCCGACGGCGAGUGGGUCCGCUAUUCGCAGCCCCCCCGGGGGCUGACGGGGACGGGGGUCACCGUCACCGACCUGGAGCCGCACGUCAACUACACCUUCACCGUGGAAGCCCGGAAUGGGGUGUCACUCUACAGCCACCACCGCAGCCUGGCCACCGCCACCAUCAGCGUCAACCAGACAGAGCCGCCCCGGGUGACGUCGGUGAGCCUGGAUGGACGGACGGCCACCAGCUUGGUGCUCUCCUGGACGGUGCCACCGCGGCAGCAGAGUCGGGUCUGGAAGUACGAGGUCACCUACAGCAAGAAGGUGGAUGAGAACAGCUACUCGGUGCUGCGCUGCGAGGGCACCUCCGUCACCAUCCCCAAACUGUCCCCUGCCACCACCUAUGUGGUGCGGGUCCAGGCGCUCACCUCGGACGGCCAGGGCGCCUACAGCCCCCAGCACGAGUUCGAGACCCUGCCCGAGGGCGCUGAGGCCAUGGCAUCCUCCGCUGUCAUCAGUGGCUCCAUUGCUGGUGUCCUCUUCGUCCUCCUCCUCUUGGCCGCUCUCCUCUAUGUCCUCCGGCGGCGGAGGAGGUCACGGCCACGCCAGUCUGUCGAGGAUGUCUACUUCUCGAAGUCAGAUCAGCUGAAGCCCCUCAAGACCUACGUUGACCCACACACCUACGAAGACCCCAACCAAGCCAUGCUCAAGUUCACCACUGAGAUCCCUCCAUCCUUUAUCACCCGCCAGAAGGUCAUCGGUGCCGGUGAAUUUGGGGAGGUCUACAAGGGCACCCUGAAGCGUGGGAAGAAGGAGGUGCCGGUGGCCAUUAAGACCUUGAAGGUGGGCUACACAGAGAAGCAACGGGUGGACUUCUUGAGUGAAGCUACCAUCAUUGGCCAGUUCUGCCACCACAACAUCAUCCGCCUGGAAGGGGUCGUCUCCAAGUACAAGCCCUUCAUGAUCAUCACGGAGUACAUGGAGAACGGUGCGCUGGAUAAAUUCCUGCGGGAAAAAGAGGGGGAGUUUGGCGUCAUCCAGCUGGUGGGGAUGUUGAGGGGCAUUGCCGCCGGCAUGAAGUACUUGGCCAACAUGAAUUACGUCCACCGGGAUCUGGCUGCCCGGAACAUCUUGGUGAACAGCAACUUGGUGUGCAAGGUGUCCGAUUUUGGGCUCUCCAGGGUGUUGGAAGAUGACCCCGAAGCCACCUACACCACCAGCGGCGGGAAGAUCCCCAUCCGCUGGACGGCCCCUGAAGCCAUCUCCUACCGCAAGUUCACCUCGGCCAGCGACGGCUGGAGCUACGUCAUGUGGGAGGUGAUGUCCUACGGCGAGCGCCCGUACUGGGAGCUCUCAAACCACGAGGUGAGCACCCGCCCUCCUCCACCACCCGUUUUGGGGGGGGUCUCCAUCCGCCUGCCCAGCACCAGCGGCUCCCAGCGCGGCGGCCCAGAGUGGCUGGGAGCCAUCGGGAGGCCCCGGUACACGGAGCCUUUCAUGGCCUCAGGCUACAGCACCAUCGAGAAGGUCCUGCAGAUGACCAGCGAGUGA